CCUUCCCUGGGGCGGCGUCUGGACACUGGUGUCCUAGCUAGGACUGCCUGAUGUAGGCAAACUUAGGGUAAGGCGCUGAGCGCGCACUAGGCGGCGAGAGAGCGCCCCCGGAGCGCGGUUCCCAGGGCGGUCUCGGGGACCCCGGGCACAGACAGGGGCCUCCGUUACCCUGGCCCUGGGGACCUGGGCGGGGCCCCCAGAGCGCCCACCUGCCAGGACGGAGCGAUCGGUUCCGCGGGUGAUCCCGGCAUACGGACCCACGGUGUCACCCGGACAUUUGUGUCCUCCAUCAGAUCCUCACCCGAGCUGGGGACCCGCUGACACCCGCUGCCGCCCGGAGGUCCGCCCUCGAGGCGGCUCCCUACGGGAAUGUUUCAGGGGAGCGGCAGGACCAGCAUCCCCAAGCCUGCGCCCCGCAACCUGGAGGACCUAGACUCCGUGCAGCGCGUCCUUCUACACAGUGAUCUGGAGCCCGAGUGGCUGGACAGUGUGCAGAGGAACGGAGAACUGUUCUACCUGGAGCUGAGUGAGGAUGAGGAGGAGAGCCUCCUUCCAGAAACCCAGACUGUGAACCAUGUGAACCACGUCAGGUUCAGUGAGAAGGAGGUCAUCAUUGAAGAGGACGAUUCCAGAGAAAGAAAGAAGUAUGAGCCCAAGCUCAGACGCUUCACCAAGAUCUUGAAAAGCAAAAGCCUUUUACCUAAGCGUCACCACAAAAAGAAAAGCAGUAACACUGGACCUGUGUCCAUUCUGAAGCAUCAGUCCACCCAGAGGACUGGAGUCACUGUGCAGCAGCGGUACAAGGAUGUGACUGUCUACAUCAACCCCAAAAAGCUAACGGCCAUCAAAGCCAGGGAGCAGGCCAAACUCCUGGAAGUGCUGGUGGGAGUCAUCCAUCAGACCAAAUGGAGCUGGAAAAGGAGCGGGAAGCAGGCAGAUGGAGAGAGGCUCGUGGUGCAUGGCCUGGUGCCCGGUGGCUCUGCUAUGAAGAGCGGUCAGGUACUGGUUGGCGAUGUCCUUGUUGCUGUGAAUGAUGUAGAUGUGACUUCUGAAAACAUAGAAAGAGUUCUGUCCUGCAUCCCUGGGCCAAUGCAGGUAAAGCUGACAUUUGAAAAUGCAUAUGCCGUGAAAAAGGAAACAGCCCAACCAAAAAAGAAAAAGGCACAGUCGAGCACAAAUGAUUUGGUGAAACUCCUCUGUGGGUCAGAGGCUGAUGCUACCCAGCACAGUACCCUGAGCAUCCCACACAUCACUAUGUACCUCACGCUGCAGCUCCAGUCAGAGGUAGCCCGGGAGGAGGAAAUGCUUUACCAUUACCCUGUGUCUGAAGCAUCUCAGAAACUCAAGAGUGUGAGGGGGAUUUUUCUCACACUCUGUGACAUGCUGGAAAGUGUAACUGGGACACAAGUCACAAGUUCCAGGGGAUCCGGUGCCCUCUUAUGGCCUCUGGUGGCACCAGGUGAGCACAUGGCUAUACAGACAAACAUGGAGGUAAAACAGUCAAACACACAAAAUAAAAACAACUCAUCCCUCCAUGUAAAUGGGAAACAAAUUCAUGUUGCUUACUUGAAAGAGUCUGACAAGUUGCUGUUAAUUGGCCUGCCUGCUGAAGAAGUUCCUCUCCCCCAGCUAAGGAACAUGACAGAGGACGUCGCCCAAACCCUAAAGUUCAUGUAUGGUUCUUUAGACAGUGCCUUUUGCCAGGUUGAGAACACACCUCGUCUGGACCAUUUCUUCAGCUUGUUCUUCGAACGAGCUCUUCGGCCCGGGAAAUUACAUCUCAGCGCCAGCCCCAGUGCCCAGCAGUACGAUGCAGCCAGUGCUGUGCUUUUGGACAACCUCCCUGGAGUCCGUUGGCUCCUACUUCCACAGGAACUUAAGGUAGAACUGGACACAGCACUGAGUGACCUUGAGGCCGCCGACUUCCAAGAACUGUCCGAGGACUACUAUGACAUGAGACGGCUGUAUACAAUUUUGGGGUCUUCUCUGUUUUACAAGGGUUAUAUGGUGUGCAGCCAUCUGCCUAAGGACGAUGUUGUUGAGAUCGCUGCGUACUGUCGCCAGUACUGCCUGCUGCCUUUAGCAGCACAGCAAAGGAUUGGCCAGCUGAUAAUAUGGAGAGAAGUGUUCCCACAACACCACCUCCAGCCCGCUACAGACUCAGACCCUGAGGCCUUCCAGGAACCAGAAGGGAGAUAUUUCUUACUAAUCGUCGGGUUGCGACAUUACAUGUUGUGUGUGCUGUUAGAAGCUGGAGGCUGUGCAUCUAAAGCUACUGGGAACCCUGGUCCAGAUUGCAUCUAUGUCGAUCAGGCCAGAGCAACCCUUCACCAGCUGGAAGGAGUGGAGUCCCGCAUAGAGGAACAGCUAGCUGCAACCCCGGGGCCCUGCUUGUCCUGUGCUGACUGGUUCCUUGCUGCACCACGCGAAAAGGCAGAUAGUUUGACCACUUCGCCUAUCCUCGGUAGGCUGCAGGGGCCUUCCAAAACAGCAGCCUCUCCAACAUGCAGAAGAACCUUUUUCAGUGACUAUUCAUUCAAGGCACGGAAGCCCAGCCCCUCACGGAUUGGUGGAGGACGUGAACCUGGUGAAGGGGAAGAAAAUGUUGGUCUGAGCCCACACACUACCCCAGACACUGUACGGAAGCAAAGAGAAUCUGAAGGUUCAGACGACAAUGUGGCCUUGCUUAAGCUUGCUAGAAAGAAGUCAACACUUCCAAAUCCGUUUCAUUUGGGAACUUCGAAAAAAGAACUUUCAGAAAAAGAAUUGGAAGUCUAUAACAUGAUGAAAUUGACCUCCGGUCCUGAGAAUACACUCUUCCACUAUGUUGCCUUAGAAACAGUGCAAGGCAUCUUCAUCACUCCCACCCAUGAAGAGGUAGCUCAGCUAGGUGGUUCCGUCCACUCUCAACUAAUAAAGAAUUUCCAUCGAUGUUGUCUCACCAUCCGUGCAGUUUUCCAGCAGACGUUGAAGGUGGAGAAAAAGAAAGCGCUAAGUGACGGAGAUCAUUUGGAGUCUGCAAACUCAGUGUCUUCUCUGAGUCCUGUGAAAGAACACGGUGUACUGUUUGAAUGCUCACCUGAAAACUGGACUGACCAGAAAAAGACACCACCAGUUAUGUCGUACUGGGUAGUAGGGAGGCUUUUCCUUAACCCAAAACCUCAGGAACUAUAUGUCUGUUUUCACGACUCAGUCUCAGAAAUUGCCAUUGAAAUGGCAUUUAGAUUGUUCUUUGGGUUAACGUUGUAGCUGUGUUUGUAAGAUACAGAGCAACACACAGAUGGACCACAGGACAGCAUUGGAAUGGCUGAAGUCAUGCAGAGAAGAGGCUCAUUACCGCCGUUGUUCAUGAUUGUACUCGUUAGAUACUGAGAUGUAGUAGUACUGUUGGGUUGGUGCAUCAGUUCAUGUGUGGUAGCAUAUAAGACAUCUGAGCUGAUACUUGAUCAAAAUACAGAGACAAGAUUGCUAACUUAUUGCCAUUUUUGGUAUACCAUGCUAAUUUAUUGAAUAGUUUUAAGUAAUGUGAAUUCUUUAAUAAAGAUUAAUAUAGGAGAUGUUUAUUUGGGGAGGGUCACAUUUAAAUCAUUGUUUGUUUUCAUAAAACCCAAUACUGACUGACUGAUACCCUGUGAAGGAAUCCUGACUUGAAGAGACAACAAGGUUCUGUAGUCAGUGAGUGCUGUGCUGUGAGCGAGCCCUUGUAUCAGUUAGACCUCACAGUAUGUGCGGACUAAUCACAUUAUUAUUGCAUUGGGAUUUUGAAAUGCCCAGUUAAGAAAAAUGCGUUGUUUGCUUAUUGGUCAAUAUCUAAAUUUACAAUGCCUGUGUUCUGGUUUCUUAGCAAAUCAAAAGCCUCCACACUGGUUUAAGUAUCUUAGUAGAUACUCCACUACUGAGGCGGAGCGAAAGAUGACAGUUUAUAUUUAUUUGAUUCUCUUUAUUCUUCAUGGUAAACUUAAUUUAGAUUAGGGUACACAUUUGCAAUCAUCUGUAAACUUCCAUUGCUUUCUUCCUGGUUCAUAUACAUUUAUAUCAACUCUUAUCAAAUCAUAUUUAAAACACUAAAAUGGGGAUAGAGCGAUGGCUCAGAGGUCAGGAGCGAAUUCCCCAUUGGAAGAGACCUGAGUUCAGCUCCCACAUCCAUGUUAGGCAGCUCAAAACCACCUGUAACUCCAGGGAAUCCUUUGGUCUUUGCAGGUACCCCACACACAAUUAGAAAAUAAAGCUCUUUUUAAAAAACUGGAGCGGGGGCAGGGGGAGAACAGGCUAAAACUACCUUAUAUUAACUUCUUCUAUAAAAUACUAAUUUUUGUCUUACAAAUCAGUAUCAGUCUGUAUUGGGUUUUCCCAAAGGAGAGGGCUCGCUUUCCCCAACUGUAGCUAAUGUGAGCUUCAGCGGGACAGAAUCUGACAAGACAGAUUUUCUAUGGCUGUGAGAAUUCGGUGUAUGCUACAGGCUCAAUAUCCCUCACACUUUACAGUCCUGAGUAAUUUCUCCCUCAGGGAUUAUGUAUGUUGGAAGACAUGCUGUCUAAAACCAAUCUAAAGUUUGUCUUUACAUUUUCCCUCCCUCAAACAUAAGCCCUCCAGCUUAAAACUAGAAGACAUCCAAGUGUACCCCUGGCCAUUUGGUCUUAUAAAAAAUAUGGUUACCUUGGCCAUCACUGUAAGAUUCUCAUCGAGGCCUGGGUGACAGACAGCAGCUGUUUAUAUCAUUAGUGACUUCUGGGCCUUAAUUUCGACUUUCAAGUCAGAUAGGAAAAUUAUGCGCCUUAAAAUGUAGAAAACAGUUUGAAACACUUCCCCACUUAACUGAGUCAAAUCAGUUAAGACUCUCUUCUGUCUUAAUCUGUGUUCUAGUAUUUCUAAAACGGUAUUUAUUAGAUGUCUUAAACUUCUGGAUAUGCCCUCAAAUCCUGAGCUGUUCUAGUGCUGAUCAUUAGGAUGAAUGUAGCAGUUGAUCACUCAGCGUUCAAGCAGAGCAAACUAAGACUUGGGAUUUAAUAGGGAGAACAUUUUUCCCAUUGAAAGUUCGAUCUGUUGGUGCUUCCCUUGUGUCAGAUGGCCAUAAGCAACACUGUUCCAAAUGUGGUGUAAAAGACAAACAUAGCACAAUGGUAAAGAUGGGCCAUUGGCAGUGCUGUGCUUGUGCACUGCACAUUACAUAAGUCCAUGUUGAAAAGCCAUUGCAUUUUUAAGGAAUUAAUAUUGCCUUCCCUUUCAUUUCCAAGUGAAUAUUGAAGGCAAACGUAGCUGACCAUGUCUGUAAAUAAAUUCACACUCACAUCUGAAAGUCAAUCAGUCUGACCGUUGGACAGUAGAGUCCCUGUCUGUCUCGUUUUUGGGGAGGGAACAAAGUGUCAAGUGCAGAUAGGAGAAACCUCCUUGAGUCAGAUUUUAUCCACAUCCUGGUAGUAAUGUUCUGUAUGAAAGUAACAUGCUUAGAGCUGUUAUGUCAGGCUUAGAAUUCCUAGACACCAGUGUUCAGGGGGCUGAGGCAGAGGGAUAUAGUAAGUUCAAGGGCGGGCUGGGCUUUGUGACAAGACCCUAUCUAUAACAAAAAACAAAACCACAAGUACUUUCCUACUACUGUCUCGUGCUUCUUAGCCCCAAAGAAACUCUAGACUCUCGCUUUUUCUUUCCCUCUUCUCUCUCCUCUUUCCUUAGCUUUCUUUGUUUCUGUCUUGUCAGAGAACUGUGCCUAGGAGGGUAGGUAGUGUCUCACUUUUUUGUGCCAAGACGCUGUGGAGAAUGAUACAUACCUAACAAAAUGGUAAUUGUAAAACAAUCUUUUAAAUAUUUCUGACACAAAUUGGAAAAACUGUGAAACCAGUCUACUAAGUUUUGUCUGCCUGAACCAUUGUUCAUUUCUGUAUGCUCUCCCUAACCCAUGGUUGCCACAUAUUGUGACCUGAAGCAGAAGCCGUGGAUGCCUUUGUCAUCAUUAAGUGGCCACUGCUUGAGAACCAAAAGGGCACAGUUCAGUCUACCACAGCAUAACAACAGUGAUCUGAGAAGAUUACUUCACACUAUAGUUUUCAGAAUAAGGAUUUAUAUUUUGGACUUUUUUUGAACUGGUAAGUUCUGUUAAAGCUUGAACCUACACACCAAACCAUAUGUACUAAUUUAAUUAUGAAGAGUUUUAUUUCUGUAUGUAAUUAAAACUAUUUUUCUACAUUAUCCAGAGUUUCAAAUAAAAAUGUUUUGGAGGUUUGUUUGCAGUA